UGUAAAAUACAAACAAACACACUGAUACUUUUAUCAAAUAUUUUACAUAAAAAUAAAGUUUCUAUGAAUAACAUAGAACUAAUCGUAAGACGAAUUCGUGCGCGCAUGAUAAGGUGAGCUCGUUAAAAGUAGGUAAUAUUUGAAAAUGUCUCCGAUGAAGACGCUAAUCCUGUCACUCCUGUUUGUACUUGGAACAAUAUGCCAUUCCCAUUCAGAACAACAGGUACUGGGUUUACAGAAUUCUAUCGCAAAAUUGAACGCGGUAUUCGCUAAAAACAUAAAAGACGAUUUAAAACCAGAACAAAAUGCUCUAUUCUCUCCUUUCAACAUUUACACCGCUUUGUCAUUGCUACACUUGGGCACAAGUGGAGAAACCAGAAAAGAACUUACGAAAGCUUUGGGAUUAGUUGACGUCGAAGUUGGAUUAUCUGCACAACAGAAUUAUUUUCGUAAAAUCCUGAAUGGACUACAAACGUCGAAAGCAGCUGAAGUAAAAAUCGCCAACACUUUAUUCGUGCAGAACGGAUUAAAAUUGAAGGAGAGUUAUUUGAAAACGUCGAAAAAUUAUUACCAAAGUGAACCUCAAGAACUGGAUUUUGCUAAAGGAGGUCCAGAGGCAACGAAUUUGGUCAACAACUGGGUCUCGAACAAUACGAAAAAUCGCAUACCUCAAUUAUUCAAAAACCAAAUAUCUCCAGCCACGUCUUUACUUCUAGUGAGCGCUUUAUUUUUCAACGCCACUUGGAACGAGCCAUUCAAAAAAUCGGCAACCAAAAACGAAACAUUCAACACCGGAGUCAAACAAGUGGACGUUCCACUGAUGAAUCAAAAAGGAUACGUUCCUUACUUCAAAAGCGACGAUUUAAAAAUUGAAGCCAUCAGUUUACCGUAUGAAAAUAAAGAAUUCAACAUGUUGAUCUUUUUACCAUAUCAGAAUCACUCGGUGAGCGCUGUCAUCGAUGCUUACAAGCCCCAAUAUCAUCAACAAUUGCCACAGGGAGUCAAGUGGAAUAAUGAAUACGUCGAUUACAAGAUACCUCGUUUGAAAUUCGGCUGGUCGCAAAGCAUCAAUAAUCACGUGAUUAAAGCUGGUAUAACUAAGAUCUUUGGAAGUGCAGAAUUAGAUAAUUUGGUAGAAGAAAAUGCCUCUAACUUACGAGUAUCGGAUAUAACUCACGCAACUGAAAUUCAAGUCGAUGAAGACGGAACUGUGGCUACUGCUGCGACAUCGAUUCAAGGAGUUCGUGUAUCACUGGAGUUUAGACCAGAUCCUAUCAAAUUUUAUGUCGAUAGACCUUUUGUAAUUUCCAUCUAUCAUGGACCAACGAGUAUGAUAUUAUUUACAGGAAUUGUACAGAAUCCGUUGGUUUAGAAAUGUAUGCUUUUCGAGCAUUUUUUUUUCAAAAUGUACCUACCUGCACUCAGGUAAAUCUGUGAUAUCAUGUCAUCAUGUAUCAUUACUUUAGAAUUACAUCUGUAAAUCGAUUCGAAUGAUUAAAUUUAUCAAAUAAUU